UCCCUGCACUUCCGUUAAUGACACCGGCAGCGGAGUUGUUACAACUGAUUGUCAGUUUUUUUACAUUUCAGUAUUAACAUUUCUCAUGAUAUAUUUGAGAGGUUGUUUGGCGACGGAAAUUCAGUUUUAAUCUGUCGCUGCAGGUGCAGCAAGAGGCUUGAUUCCGAGUGUCGUUGAUUAUGGUGUAGAGGGAGCGUUUCUCUGAGACAGCAGAGAGAGCGUAGGGUAGCCAUGCUGACGUUGGCCAGUAAACUGAAGAGGGACGAGGGGGUGAAGACUGGCAGGGCCCCUGGGGGCCCCUCCGACUCCUCUCACAGGGUCUCUAUCAGGGACCGGCUGCUCAUCAAAGAAGUUGCAGAACUUGAAGCCAACCUUCCUAGUACGUGUAAAGCCAGCUUCCCUGAUGAGAACAAGCUACAUCACUUUCAGCUGGCUGUCUCUCCAGAUGAAGGCUACUAUCAGAGUGGAAAAUUCCAGUUUGAAAUAAACGUCCCUGAAGCUUACAACAUGGUGCCUCCCAAAGUGAAAUGUCAGACCAGAAUAUGGCACCCCAACAUCGCUGAGACGGGGGAGAUCUGUUUGAGUUUGUUGCGGGAGCACUCUAUCGACGGCACUGGCUGGGCCCCUACGAGAACAUUAAAGGAUGUAGUCUGGGGAUUGAACUCCUUGUUUACCGAUCUACUGAACUUCGAUGACCCAUUGAACAUCGACGCGGCCGAGCAUCAUCUGCGCGAUAAGGAGGAUUUCCGUAAUAAGGUUCAAGAUUACAUCAAGCACUAUGCCAGAUGAUGACUGCAUCAGCUGCGCCGGCUGCCUGCAACCCCCCCUUUCUUCGACUGCGCAGCUGAACCCCGCCCCCUAACGUUUCGUCAACCAACCAACCGCUGCACAUUGCUGACACGCCCUGACUGCAAUAUAAUGAUGCUGAAAGAAGAAAAAAAAGAUUUACAAGAAAAAUUGUUUUUUAAAAGUUUGAGGGAUUAUGCUUUAAUUGCCCUGAGUGGCCUAGAGUAAUCAUGCUGCGUCACCGCAGGGAUUGUCCAAUGACGGGGCCUCUGUGUGUCUGAGACAAUAAUAGUGAGCGCAUGUGGCAGUGAGGACCCUGGAUUUAACCAAUCCACUUAGCUGUUAUUUAAGAAUUGACGAAUCAAAGAGAAAGAUUAUCUGUUAGUGUUUCUCAGUUCUAGUGCCUGCCAUGUCUGGUUGCAAAGAAAAUGCACACGAGCACACACACACACAGAAUCCCUUCACACACAUUGCAAAGCAAACGCACUCAACUAGUUACUCACAACACACAGCACUUGGUUGUGCAUGCACACCCACCCAGCCACACAGAAACACACACAGCUGGAAAAACAACAUCUCUGUUAUGUCACUCAUUCAAGGCCUGCACUCCCCCGCCCACACCCACCUCAUCAGACAGCAUGUGAAUGGCAAGUGCCACCGACACAGUCAGUCCCCAUUCUGUUGUCCACUUCACUCAGCGUACGUCUGAAAUGGCACCCCUUUAUAUUACCCUACUUUUAACAAGAGCCCUAUAGGCCCUGGUCAGAAGUAGUGCACUACAUAGGGAAUAGGGUACCACUUCAGAUACGCACACUUCCUGUCCUGUUCACUCAUCCACAGGGGGAACACAAUUUACCGGUGCCCCAGACACACUGUAACACUGUCCGGAUCAAGCUCCUAGGAAAAGACUCAAGCUGUACCACAGUACAAGUUCUACCACCACACCUGAACCUUGACCUUAUCUCAGCUCCCCUGACCUCUGGGGAAGCCAAGCGUAGAGGGCACUGUGCCUCUGAUAGUCUGUCUGUCUUGCUCCAUCCAUCCAUCCUGACGUUUCUCCUUCUACUCUCUUAGGACCCACCACCCUCAUGCAUUCUCCUCUGCCCCCAUGGAGGUAGAGGGAAUACGAGGGCUCUCUUCUCUGCUAGGUUGUGUAUGAGAGUCCUCUGUUUCGAGGCAAGUGAGUGGGGUCUCCUCUGUAUGCAUGUCCUCAUGUGUCUGAAUGUCCCCCUCUGUGUGUGUGUGUGUGUGUGUGUGUGUGUGUGUGUGUGUGUGUGUGUGUGUGUGUGUGUGUGUGUGUGUGUGUGUUUCUGAGAGAUAUGUAGAUCUUUGAGUGUGUGGGUUUGUUGCUUCGCUUUGCCUGGGCUGGCUUUGUGCCUGUAUGUGUGCAUAUUGGAACGUUAGAUUCAGUGUCAUCACUGUAUUAAAAACUUGUAUUCACAUGUUUGCAUGAGGCAAAAUGUAUGUGGCCAGGAGGUGAUGUAUUUUACAGUAGGUAUGUUAGAUGUGUGUGUGUUCAAAUGGACAGGGGUUCAUGUGACUUGUUUUUAGCAUGCUCUGGUUCCUAGCCCCACACUCCUUAUUUUACUGGUCCAGCUAGCCUAAUUCUCUGUGGGGCUCGGGAGGGUCUGUCUGUUCCUCAGUUUAAAUCCUCCUUUUCUUUCUCAGAUUGUAUAUCCAUUUUUUAAGAUAUAUUAAAGAGGAUAUAAUAAGGAAAAACAUGUACUUAUUGUGUUUUUUCUUUCUUUCCACAUUCAAUGUCUUUAUCACACAUUCAUGGAUUGUAAUUGCUGGCAACAAUGUUAAUUGAAAGUUUUUUGCAAUGUUAUAAUUAGUGGUGCAACAGAUCACAAAACUCACGGUUUUGGGUUGCAGGGCGGAUGAUUUUUCCGAUCAGCAAAAAAAUAAGAGACAAAUAUAACUUUGCUUUCCAUUUAUUACUUAAAGAACACUUAAAGCAAGGAACUUUUCAAUGUUUAAAUAAAAUAUUAAAAUAAAAUAUUCAAUACUCAAUUGUUAAAUUAAAGUGCAAUAUGAGACAUGAUAUCUUCUUCCUUUGAACAAUAGUGAAUGAAAAAGAAUUGCCUGUGUCCACAUCAUCAAAAAGAGAAAGAAAGAAAGAAAGCAGACCUGAGCUUAUAACUUCAAAUUCUCUAAUGGCAGCCUUGACAUCUAGUAAUGGUGCGGUCUUCCUUACUUGGGGCCAUGGAUUGUAGAAUCCUUGUUUUCAAAGGUAGGAUCAUGGACAUAGACGGUGCAGUUUCAGUGCUCAAUAGGGUUGUAACCGUUUUCAGAGGUUUGAGCACCUGGAGGACCUCCUCUGCCACUUUCACAUCAUCAGACAAGGUGACGAUGUCUUUAUUUUUUUGUUCAAGGUCUUGUCUGUCAGUGCAGAGUAUACAGCUGCCUGCUGCUCACGAUGGAAUUCCACUUAUGACAUGUUGGAGAGCUAUCUUGUUGUGACAUGGUGUACGAGCUCGUGGGUCAGUAGCUGUAGCAUUUCCUGCUUGGUCUUAAGCACAUGAGCGGCUGUUCUUCGGUGGAAAAAGGAAACCACCUCCCUGAUCCUCCCAAGGAGGCGGUCCAUCUGGUUCACUGAGAUUCCCCUUUGGGAUGCUAAAUUGAUCACAUGUGCAAAGCAAGCUAUCUGUGGCCCCAGUCCAGCUUCUAUCACUGUAUUUACUUGGUUCUGGCAUUAUCUGUGGUGGUUGGGAUAUUGCUAUUGAGCCUCUCUAGCUUCCACUCUGCUACUGCUCCUAGAAGUACCUGCGCCAGAUUUGUGCCUGUGUGACUCGUAGAGGGGGUGUGUCUGUAGCACCGGACUUCACAUCUCCCACUCCUCUGGUUUAGUGAGCAGUCACGUAGCUUUCCGUUACCCUGGAGGUCCACUCCUCUGUGGUGUAGUGAACAGUCACGUAGCUUUCCGUUACCCUGGAGGUCCACUCCUCUGUGGUGUAGUGAACAGUCACGUAGCUUUCCGUUACCCUGGAGGUCCACUCCUCUGUGGUGUAGUGAACAGUCACGUAGCUUUCCGUUACCCUGGAGGUCCACUCCUCUGUGGUGUAGUGAGCAGUCAGUCAGUCACGUAGCUUUCUGUUAUACGUUUCUGAGUAACAGAGGGCUUUGCAUAGGGGCUUUGUUGCGUUUUUUAAUUUUUUUAAUUAAAUUACGUUGAACCAACGUGGAAUUGACGUCAGUGCCCAGUGGGUAGUUGGUACUCCCACACACAGAGUGACCUGAAAGAGAUCGUCAGGAGGAUGCCUCUCAAAGAUGUAUCAACCCACUUACUGUACAAGUUCUCAUUGAAAUAACCCAUGUUCCAUAUUCAUAGUACUGCCUUCGGAUCCUUGAAAAGCGCUGAUAUAAAUUCAGUGUAGCAUUAGUCUAUUUCCAUAAUAUGCUUUUAUAUCAAAAUAUGAAUCUCUAGUAAAAGUAAUAGGUGUUACAAAGUGGAGUGGAGAAAUUCUAUUUUUUAUUCUGAUUCCCCUAAUAAAUUUAUUUGGUUUUAGCUUGUUUCAAAUGUAGGCUCUAAGCACUGAAAAUUAAAGGUACAAUGCAGCUGUUUUUAUCUCAAUAUCAAGUGAUUUCUGGGUAAUAACUAAGUAACUUAAUGUGAUUGUUUUGAAUUGUCAAAAAUAAACUUUGUUAUUGGCA